AUGGACGACUUCCUGCGAUCCGUCUGGCUCGCCGAGGAGUCGCAGAUGCUCGCCGCCACGCACGCUGCGGGCAGCACGGAUCCGCGCGCGCGCGACAAGGCUGCGGGGCUGCUGCGCGCGCGCUCGCUACGGCGGCAGAAGUCCAGUGCGGCGAUCACUCGGGUCGCUGGGAGCGCAGGGAGCGCAGGGAGGGGGUUCACUGGGGUCGCUGGGAGGGCUGGGGGGAGCAAUGGGAGCGAUGGGGGCGCUGGGAGGGGGUUCACUGGGGUCACUGGGAGCGAUAGGGUCGCUGGGACCCGCCCCUCCUGGUGGGAUUGCCAUGGGGAAGGGGCAUGGGCGGAGGUGUGGGCGCAGGUGUGGGUGCAGGUGUGGGCGCAGGUGUGGGCGCAGGUGUGGGCACAGGUGUGGGCGCAGGGGGGCUGGGGAGAGUUUACUGGGGCGGGCAUGGUGGCGGCGGAUGGGGUUGGGGGGGCGGGGGAGAGAGGUGGGGGGACUGUGACGGCGGAGGGGGAGAAGGGCAGUCAGAUACGGGCAGGAGGAGUGGGGAUGGGGACACACUCUGAGCAGGGGCGUGGGGGGGAGUGCGGGGCGGAGGGGGAGGAAGCGCAGUGGGGAGGGGGGAGGGGCGCCGACCUCUUGCUUUGCUGCUGUGCGUGCCACACUGAGUCAAGAGUCAAGACCCUUGAUUCUUCGAGAGGAGGGAGAAUGCUGGGCGGCACAGGGUGGACGGCACAGGGUCUCCGUAUGGCUGUUUGCGUGCACAUGGCACUUGCUCUCUCUCCUCACACCAUGCUGCACCGCUUCGUGUGCUCCGCCCCACCCCUCUG